AUGCCACUAAUACCGAUCAGUUUAUCUUACCACUUUAUUUUGCCGAGGAGUUUCCAUACUAAGAACGCCCAAACCACCCCAGUGAUUCGUGGCACGAACCAGGGCACCGCGGAGGGCGUGCGGGUUGACUACCGCUCCUCAGGGCUGGCAGAUCCUCCCCGCCUCCCACCGAAGAUCAAAACCUCAGUCCCCGAAGGCUUCCCACCUUCGGGGCACGUCCAGGGACCGCAAGCCGCCAGACGGCUGCAUUCUCUACGUGUAAGCCAGACUGCGGGGAGACCGAGUCCACUCCUUCCUCCCGGGGACCUCGCCUCCUCCCCACGGAGGUGCGCGGGCUCGUCCCGGCCCCACCGCCCGGCCCGGCCCGGCCCGGCCCGGCCCGGCCCGGCCGAGCGUCAGUCCCGCGGGUGUGGGGCGGCCGCCCCCGGCGCGCGUCCCUCGACUCGCCCGCCCAGGCCCCGGGCCCGCGCCCAACGCCCGCCCGAGGCGCCGGGGCAGACAAAGCGGCCCGGCCCCGCCAUGCCCCCGCGGGCCGCCCGGUCAAGGGCGCAGGGUCGGGGCCGGUGCCCCCCGCCCGGCUCCCCGCACAAAAUGGAGCCGGCCGGGCCGCCGCCGGGACGGGCCUGACGGUGCCCCGGCGCCCCCUCCUCGGCCUCGGGCCGGAGCUCGGCGGCGGCGAGCAGGAGGCGGCCUGGCCCGCGUCCCGCCGCUCCUCGGCCCGGCGCACAAAGAGCCGCUCCCCGGCCGGGCCCGCAGCGGGAGCGGCCUCGCAGGCGCCGGCCCCGGCCCGGCCCCGGCCCCGGCCCCGGCCCCGGGCGGGAGGGCGCGCGGGAGGGAGGCGAGUUGCCCCGGCCGCGGCGGCG